GCGACCACGAGGCAGCCGCCCAGGCCAGGUCAUCCGGGUCGCUGGGGGGCGAGCAAGGAACUGUGAGCCGGCGCUGGGCGGCGCCUCUCCCAGGCAGGAGGCGCGGAGGAAUUGUCCCCGCUCCUCCUCCAGGUCCUGGUGCUUCUGCCGGGCGGCCCCGCCAUGCCUUACGCCAACCAGCCGACGGUGCGCAUCACGGAGCUCAGCGACGAGAACGUCAAGUUCAUCAUCGAGAACACCGACCUGGCGGUAGCAAAUUCCAUCAGGAGAGUCUUCAUUGCUGAAGUUCCCAUCAUAGCCAUAGACUGGGUCCAGAUAGACGCCAACUCCUCUGUACUCCAUGAUGAGUUCAUUGCACACAGGCUGGGUUUGAUCCCACUUACCAGUGAUGAUGUUGUUGAUAAGCUGCAGUAUUCUCGGGAUUGCACCUGUGAUGAAUUUUGUCCUGAGUGCUCAGUGGAGUUCACGCUCGAUGUCCGAUGCAAUGAAGACCAGACCCGCCACGUCACAUCACGUGACCUCAUCUCCAACAACCCCCGAGUUAUACCGGUGACGUCCAGGAGCAGAGAUAAUGACCCUAAUGACUACGUUGAACAGGAUGACAUUCUCAUUGUCAAGUUACGGAAAGGCCAGGAGCUGAGGCUGCGAGCGUAUGCCAAGAAGGGGUUUGGCAAGGAGCACGCCAAGUGGAACCCCACAGCAGGAGUGGCCUUUGAGUACGACCCAGAUAAUGCCCUGCGACACACCGUCUACCCUAAACCAGAGGAAUGGCCAAAGAGCGAAUACUCUGAAAUUGAUGAAGAUGAAGCCCAGGCUCCAUAUGAUCCCAAUGGAAAGCCAGAGAGGUUUUACUACAACGUAGAGUCCUGUGGCUCCCUGCGUCCUGAGACCAUCGUCCUCUCUGCGUUGUCUGGCUUGAAGAAGAAACUGAGCGAUCUCCAAACCCAGCUGAGCCACGAGAUCCAGAGCGACGUGCUGACCAUAAACUGAGUCUUCUCCGUCCCCCAGAGUAGCACCAAUUCCUGAGACUCUUGCAAUGUUAGUCAGGAGACUGUUGGCAUGGAGACAGCCUCUGAGGAAGAUUAUGUCUGUUGAUGUGUCUCCUGUUGCUUUGGUCUGCAACUUCCAUCAGCCCCAGCCAGCAUAACUGAUGGUCAGGGAUGAUGGGAGUUGUAGUCCAAAACAGCUGGAGGGCACCAAGCUGGGGGAAGGCUGAUGCUUGCCAUUUUCCCCACAAAGAACUAGGCCCUCCCCCACUCUCUUCCUCCCAACAGCACAGGUUGCCUUCUGUUCUUGCCCUGCCUGGGCUUUUGAAGCAAACUUCCCCUGCCUAGCAGAUGUACAGGUUACGCAACUGUUGUUUGAUAGCAUUUGCAUUUAUUACUUUUUGGAAUAAAAAAAAAAAUCCUUUCCCUCCUGCUUAACCAUGUGUGAAAGCUUGUCUGAUGCCUUGGGAAGGAGAUGUCAAAGCGCUGAUUUCUUUCCAGCCAACAUUAAAUUAAUGAAGGUUGCAGAUUGUCGCUCUGACAAUUUCCCUUUCAGCAGUUUUUAUGACCAGGGAGGUCUGGAAAGCAAAGCUCAGAACAUAAAACUGUAACUUCUAAUUCAGGAAUCUAGUAGCUUGAGCAAAAGUUUUAGAAAAACAACACAGUUCUAGCCCUGUUGCAGAACAAGAGGAAGCUGGGAAAAUGAUGAGCAUUCUUGUUAAAACUUAUCAAGAAUUUACACGCCCUUCUCUUCCCCAUUCCCUUUCUAUUUGCGAAGUGGGAAUGACUCUGCGGGUGCAUAAUAGACUUCCAUUGCUUGCGCCAUCUUUAUCCUGCCCUUCCUCCUGAACACUAAAACACCCCUAUGAAAAUGUGUAAUGAAAUGUGAAGGUUGGGAAUCUCAGGUGAGAAGCCCCCAGGCUUCAGAAUGGUUGCAGUAUGGUUUAAAGAACCCUAACCCUCAAACGAGGGUUGUGCACCAGGAGGGCAAGGGAGAGGAGGAACUUCCCCCUCCUCUCCCUUUACCCUCAAAUUAGCUCUGCAGGGAUGGGGGACCAUCCUGAUAAGAAUUUGGGAGUGUGGAGGGGCAGGAGGGCUGCUGGUUGCUUUCAACUCCAGGAGUCUCUGAUUCUCUUAUUGAUAUUGUGAGUUAUGCAAGGGUAGGUCACAUCCAUAAGUGUGUCCCGAAUCGUCCCUUGGUUCUUUUAAGGAUGCUACUGAGGUCUACCUACCUGAUGAGUUGUGCUGUUGUAAAUGCUCACUAGAGGGCAUCCUUGCUUUGUUUGAUGAAUGCUGAAGCAAAGUAAAAAUCCCUCCUUGAGCAGCAGUCCGGUACCCAUUCUUUGUUGUCAUAGAAGUGAUUCUGUAAGUUGACGCGCUUUACCUCUUGCAUGUAGCAGCAAGGGGGAUCUGUUAAUUUGGGGAGAAUGAUCGUUUUAAUAAUAGCCAAAAUGUCCAAUAUAGUAUAAUUCUCUCAUUUCCACCUAUUUAUUAAUGUUUUGCCAAACAUGUUUAUUAUUUCAAAAUAAACUGUUCAUAUUUCUGAAUAUA